AUGUCGGGCUGGGUGAGUACGUGGCUGCAGGGCAAGGGCGAAGACGACGAGGAGAGAAAGACUGAGAGCAGUGGACACGCUACAGGUGGUAGUAUACUCUCAGACGGAGCAGUGCCUACAUCAGCUGACGAGAUCCGGCGAAAACGGCUGCAAAAGCUCCAGGAGCAGCAGAUCCAGACACAAAACACUAUUACAGCCAAUGAGAACACUGCAAAUACGAAAAACGACGUAAUAAUGACCAAUCAAGAGACAUUAUUACAAGCAGACAAGAAGACCACUUCAGCUGCUCCUCAUGGACCUGCGACGACCCUUACAGAAGCUAAAAGACCCAAGAAAAAUGGCCCACAGCCUGAAGUUUACGUCAAUGAAGUGCUGCAACGAGUUCUUCACGUGACGCUGUGUCCAGCCAACAGCAGCAAUGAUGUUCUCCUUUUGCCACAAUUUGUGACCCAAUGUGAAGUCGAAGAUAUGCUACUCAGCCCUUUAAAUGUCAGUGAAGUGCUGUACUCUCGGAUCAUUAUGAACCCAGGCGAUCUGCCUGGAGGCUCACAGCAUCCACUGGCGGCUGUGGCUUAUCUAGAGCAAGUUUUCUAUCGCUGUAGAGAUGAGAUACAGAAGCUGCAGUCGUCCUUUGUACGACUUCCGGCAGAGAAGAAACAAGAGACACAGGAAUGUCUGAGUAGUAUCAGAAUCAUGUGCAUUAACUACAGUGCUACAGCCUUAACAGAUCCAGAAAUCUUUCCUUUCGAAGCGGGGACGAUUAAUGCUGAUGCAUUGGAAAAGAUUGUGAGAUUGCAAGCUAAUGCACAGACACCAGAAUUUUUGGACGGACUGGUGGCAGAACUGGAAGGGAAUGGUGCAACGAUGACGGUGUUUACACCCAUUUUUCAGAAACUAUUGUCGGAGCUGUUCCUGAUCAAUCCACCAUCGCUCAUGUCUAACUUUUAUAACAACAUGUAUGUGCUGACGAUGUUGUGCCGCAAUAAAGCUUUAGCUUCGGUGUUUACGCGAAUUCCUGGAUUUUUGCUUACACCAGGUCUACCCAUGACGGGUCGGCGCCUUCAGGAUGCGACAGCUCUUGGAUUGUUGCUGCGCUUUAGCUGCAAUCAAGACCCAGCCAUCACACAGAUGUUCACAAACAUUACGACACGGACGAAGAAUGAUGUGGAUAACUCUAUUCUGACUAUUCGCAACAAGCUGGAUAGUGUCCAGACGACAGUUUCGGAUAUUGUGACGUUACUACUGAAGGCUGGCACACCCGCUCGUGAACAAGUACUAGCGUGGUUGGAACAGGCGGUGCUGGUGAAUGCAGAGCGCGCUAAAGAAAAUCCAGAUGCAAAUAUUACAUCCACCAAUGGAAUGUUUGUUAAUUUGACAAUGGUGCUGCUUAAACUAUGUGGUCCUUUCAUGGUUCCGAAGUCGAAGAAAGCGCAGCUAAUCAAGACGGAGUUCUUGGCUAGCCAAAAUCCGUUGUUCCCCAUUGAUGAGACGAGGUUGGUCGGUGCUGGUACUCAAGACGCCGCUUCGACACAAGAUGAUCGCCAAGUGUUGAACAGCUCCAACUUUAACUUCAUCACGCGCUGCUACUUCAUCACAGUUCGCACGAUGCACCUCGGACCCGUGGGCAUGAUGGGGCAAUACAUGCGUCUGCUUCGGCAACUCUCUUACUUCCAGAAUCGUAUGAAUGCUCCGAACGCAGACCCUCGUCUGAGAGCGCACUUUGACCAGAUGGCGGCCACGAAGAUGAUUAUGGAUGCUGAACUCUUGCAUCCAGAUUUCUUGCAUGAGAUGAUUCGCUUCUCUCUACUUACGUGCGCGGUCGUAAACUCAAUCUGUACUGGAUCGGACGUAUAUGAUGAGAGCGCAUUGCUCGGGCUGCCUCUUCCGACACCUGACACGGACCAAAACGUCUCUCUGAAGCACAUCCCGGAGCAUUUGGUGGAUGACUUGUGUACGAUACUGAAGUUUGUAGCGCGGCUUCAGCCCAAGGCACUAAAUGCGUUCGAGUUGGAGGAGUUACUCAAGAUGAUUAUUAUUUUCCUAUCCAGUCCAGCUUACGUGCACAGUCCUCACUUGCGCGCCAAAAUGAGCGAGGUACUGUUCCAAAUCUUUUUGCCAUCGGAGGAGUCAGACGAACGCGAGACGGCUGGAACUGCCUUUGGAGUUGAACUUCUAAUGACGAACAUGCUGGCACAGCGACAUCUUGCUCCGUGUCUUUUGGCGCUUUAUGGUGAUGUUGAGCAGACAGGAUUCUACGAGAAGCUCGAGCAUCGCUAUAACAUUGCCUGCUUGCUCAAAUAUCUGUGGAAACUGGAUGGCCACAAGCCAGCAUUCCUUCUUAUUGCCAAGGACAACGAGAAUUUUGUAAAGUUCGCUCAUGGAUUGAUGAAUCAUAUUAACAGCCUCGUUACUGAUGCGCUUGUGGCCCUGCCAGAGAUCAAGAUGUUGCAGGAAGAAAUGCAGGAUGUUGCGCGUUGGAUGGCCCUUGAUGAAACAGUGCGUGAGCAAAAGGAGAGUCUAUUGUCGGAUAAGGAGCGCACAGUCACAUCGAGCCUUCAGUUGGCCAAUGAAACUAUCCAUAUGAUGUCUUAUCUGACGUCUGAAAUUCAGGAGCCUUUUGUAAAGAUGCCAGAGCUUGAAGACCGUCUUGUAAGCAUGCUAAAUAGCGUAAUUGUCAAGCUCGCAGGGCCGCGUGGGCUGGAGCUUAAAGUGAACAACCCGGAGCAGUAUAAGUUCCGUCCAAAGGUGAUGCUGAAGGAAAUCGUGGAGACGCUAUUGCAUUUUGCCCAUUACCCGAGCUUCUUGAAUGCUGUGGCCACAAAUGGCUUUUAUGACGGCCAAGUAUUCCGUAAGUGUGCCCAUAUUGUGGCUCGAACCCAAUUAUUGGAACCGAGCGACGUCCAGAAGUUUGAAACAUUUGUUGCAAACAUUGAGAUAGCUGCUGAGGGGGCAGCGAAUCUAGAAGAAGCGCUUGGCGAAAUUCCAGAGGAGUUCCUUGACCCGUUGGUAUGCACACUGAUGAAAGACCCCGUGCUGCUACCGAGUGGGUACACGAUGGAUCGGUCAUGUAUUUCUCAACACUUACUAAAUGACCAAAGCGACCCAUUCACCCGCGUACCUUUGACGAUGAGCCAGUUGCAGCCAAAUCUUGACCUGAAGACAAAAAUCGAACAAUGGGUACUUGAGCAGAAACAGAAGCAUGCCGCGAAGUAA